AUGAACGAUUAUCACAUAGGGAAGGCUGCAAAUGCCGGCAACGUUAAAAUCAAUGAACAGACUAACCAUAUCUAUGGCACAGAUCUAGAGAAGGACUCAUGCCUCAAAGAUCUUUAUAUCACCAACCCGGAAGACGACAAGAAACGCAUUGAGCACGAAAAGGGCGGUCUGCUCAAGGACUGUUACAGUUGGAUUCUAUACAAUGACAACUUUUUGCAAUGGCGCGACGAUCCGGAACAGCAUUUACUCUGGAUCAGAGGCGACCCCGGGAAAGGCAAGACGAUGCUUCUAGCUGGGCUUAUUACAGAGCUAGAGGAAACGUCAGAUGACGGUAUCUUCUACUUCUUCUGCCAAGCCGCACGGCCUUCCCAUCGAACUGCAUCAGAUGUGCUUCGCGGAGUUAUUUGGCUGUUCGUUAGCAAGCGACCAGAUUUGAAAUUUUAUGUUCGCAGGGAGUAUGAUCAGGCUGGCUCAAAUGUCUUCGCCGAUCAUAACUCUUGGUACGCACUGUCGGGGAUCCUUACUGCCAUACUCCAAGAUAAGACAUCUACGGAUUGUAUCAUCAUCAUAGAUGCUUUGGAUGAAUGCAUCGAAGAUCGCGAGAAACUAAUUGGGUAUAUCAGUCAGUGUUCAGUCUCGUGCAAAGCCAAAUGGGUCAUUUCUAGCCGCAACUGGCCCGAGAUAGAGUCACAGCUUGAUUCAAAGGAGUCUCAAGUUCAAUUGCACCUGGAACUCAACCACACCUCAAUCUCAAAUGCUGUCCUCAAGUUCGUUGAUAGCAAGGUCGGCCGGCUCAAUUCAACAUACGAUCGGCCUAAGCGACAGCUUAUCCGCAAACAUCUUCUUGACAACGCGAAUGACACAUUCCUUUGGGUUUCUUUGGUCUGUCAAGAACUGGAAAAGCCGGGAGUUAAACACUAUCACAGUUCCAGCAUCUUACAGCGCUUCCCCGCUGGACUGAACGAGUUGUACGAAAGGAUGAUUAGUGACAUUAACGACAGAGACAUGGACUGGUGUAGAGCUAUCCUUGCUGUGAUAGCUGUUGCUCUAAGGCCCCUUAGUCUACGAGAGCUAGCUGCCGCCGACAGAACUCUUACUCAGUGGGUUGAAGACACAGAGACUCUUUCGAGCCUUGUUACAUCUUGUGGCUCCCUCCUCACGAUAAGGGGAGAUACAGUCUACACUGUCCAUCAGUCGGUCAAUGAUUUCUUGCGCGAUACACCCGAGAUCUUACCUUCAGGCACAGAACAGCAACACUACUCCAUCUUCGACUGUAGCAUGAGUGUUAUGAGUGACAGGCUCCAUCGAAACCUCUGCAGACUCAAAGACAGUUGCGUCUUGAUCGGUGAGAUAGAUGCUUUACCACAUGCCCCUCUGACUAUCAUUGAAUAUGCCUGUGUCUACUGGGUUGACCACUUCUGUGCAUGGCUUCCAACCGGUAAUCGACACCGGAGCAACUUUGGUUACACUACAAUUACAAAUUUCUUUGAGAACAACUAUCUUUACUGGCUUGAGGCUAUGAGUCUGUUGCGGUGUACCUCAGAGGCAAUUAAGGCAAUGCAGAAACUUGAUGAAAAGUUGGAUGGUAGAGUACAUAAUGAGCUGAAGCUUCUGGUCAAAGACGCUGUACGUUUCGUUUCUACGCACAGAGCCAUCAUGGAUGCUGUACCGCUUCAACUCUAUGACGCAGCUUUGAUUUUCUCUCCACAGCUGAGCAAAAUCAAAGGAUUCUGUUACCAGGAAAUCAACAAAUCUAUAGAUGUGUUCUCCCCUGACUUUCAACACUGGGAUGCCUGCCUCCAGACUAUUCCGGGCAUAGCAAGUGGUGCCGUUGGCAUUAUCGAAUUCUCACCUGAUGGUCGCCAAAUUGCAACGAUCAACAGCAACAACGACAGUAUACUCCUGAUUGAUGCUUCCACGGGUGGACUUGUCAAGUCAAUUGAAUCUCCUAGAGGCCGCCUGCCCUACUUUACAUUCCAUCCGAGUGGAGAUUCACUAAUCACGGUAUCUGGCGACGAUGCAGAAGACGAUAUGCAAUUCUCGAUCAUUCAUAUGACUAACGGGGAAUGCAUUAAAACUUUCCCAGUUCGCCAAUUUUACGAUGGCUCCUUUCUGUCCGUCUCCCCAGACGGACAAUUACUUGCAUUGCAAUUAGACUACCACACCGUCGAUAUUUGGAACAUCGCGACCGAAACAAAAAUGGACAGCUGCCUUACAGUGCUAGACUCCUGUAUCAAACCCAUUUCCUGGGUACAUACCGUUUCGCAUCCUCAGGCUCUCUUGAUUCUAACAGCGGACGGUAUUUCUAUUUGGGGUCUUGAUGCGAGAGGUCAUGCAUCCAAGCUAAUGUCGUUGACGGGAAUACAAUAUCCUGAUGCUGCCGCGGUCAGCCGUGAUCGGACACGCUGUGCGGGAUUGCAAGGCUCUCGAGAUCUCGUAUUGUACUCAUGGAGGUCGUCCAUAACCGUGCAGGAGAUCGCGCGAUUUGACUGGUAUGGAUAUUUAUACGAUGUAUCAUGGGUAGCCGAUGACCGUUUGAUAGCCUUUUGUGGUUACUUUGGUAUCAAAUUAUGGGAUUUUGAAGCGAAAGAACUCGUAGCGCAUACACGAGGCGAUCCUGUCCGGACAAUAUGCUAUGGAAGAAAUCGCCAACUUGCUUCACUGGGGAUGGAAAGCUGCACUGUCAAGAUCUGGAGCCUGGACACGAUCUUGAGCGAUUCAAAACCUACCACCCAACAAUCUGUCAUUACAACCAAGGCGUUUAUUACAUCGCCGAGUGGCAAGGUUGCUGUCAUAAGCAACAAUGGGAAAUUUGACAUGUUAAACAUAGCAGUCAAGGGCAAGUUUCACCAACUUUCCAAGAGACUUCAAAAUUCGCCUGCAGAGUCAAGUUACAUAAUCAGGUCACUAGCAUUUGGUCACGAAGACCAUUUUGCUGUGGCUACCAACGGAGGUGCCAUUGAUGUUUUUAAUUUCGACCACGACACGGGCCUCUACUACUUCCAGCGACGGAUUGAAGAGCAUCUGGCUCCUGAACAAAAUCCCAAUAGCUACUUAACCAUACAGUUUUGGGGACAAGAUCAGAUCAUAACUUACGACAGAUACAUCAAAUUCUGGGAUCUGAAGACAGGCAAAUGCUUGCGCAAGCUACGUGUCUCACUUCCAUUCGAAGACUUCAGAUCCACCAUUACAUCCGAUGGGCAAAUCGCUGGGAACUUGUAUGGGGGCUCAGUUGGCUCUCAGGUAGUGAUAUGGGACAUUAUGCGCGAAAAGGAAACUCAGCGUUUUGACCCUCACGCUCAAAAAAUCAAUCUCGAAUGGGUUGGAGAGGUUUCCCUAUCUUCUAGUGGUAUCCUUGCUAUCUUUGGAGGGGGUUCGGACCAGGAAUUUGUAGCCAUUGGAAAUGCAAAAGAUGGCUCCUGGAUUCGCAAGUACUCUCUACCAGACUUCGUUCCAACUUUGAACCUUUUAGCCCCCAAGUUACUCGACACGGGAUUUGGUGUUCUCAAAUACGACACGGAACGUGGUACUGCUGAGGAUGUACCAACAGUAACCGCGGAAAAUCACUGGGACCCGCGUUACCUCAGACUAUCAUACUCAAAGUCCGAAGCCUGGCUCAUGAAGGGUUCUAGGAGGAUAUUGUGGAUUCCUCGCCAGGAUGUCGAUCCAUUCCAGUUCUCGAUUCAAACAGACUUGGAGACUGGCACAUCUACCGUUACACUGGUGCAUGAUGAGUGUCUGUUUAUAUUAAGUAUUGACUUGGAUUCUAUAUAG